AUGGUUAGAGAGACUCGGCACCUGUGGGUUGGAAAUUUACCCGAUAACAUACGUGAAGACCGAAUAAGAGAGCAUUUUAAACGCUAUGGCCGAGUCCAGAAUGUCAAGUUAUUGGGUCGAAUGGAAAACGCAAGCGCGAACACAAACGCGGUUGCUAAUAGCGGUGUGUGCGCCACUGUUGCCUUUAUGGACAUCAAGUCUGCUUCGAAGGCACAUAACGUGGAGCACGUGCUGGACGAACGAACUCUCACCACCGAGUACUACGAGCCAGCCGCAAUACCAUCCUCCGCGGGCGCGCCUUCUGCCGGGUCUUCACCUGCCGGCUCCGGCUACUCAGGUUCUUCAUCCUCCGUGAAUUCAGCGCCCGUUCCCGUUACAGCCUCGCGUUAUCAUCUUUCAGGAGAAGAGAGCGCGGGAAACGCUUGUGCAAUGGCUGCAUCAGCAGCCGCUCCGGCCACGUGGCGUGGCACCAACGACAGCGCCACGGAGUAUUGUCGCCGCGGUAACACACCCGCGGCAUAUGGCAGGACGACGCCGCAUCACCGCUGGUGUUCGUCAGUAGGGGGCGCAGCCGGCGGUGAGAGUACCCCGAGCACGCCCGGCGGCGGGACCGAGCGGCGCCGGCGGCUCUCAGAGUCGGGCUCCUCGCGCUCAGAGACAAGCUCGCCCGAACCCAGCGACACCUCGCGAGCAUCCACACCGCCCGCAGAACACCACACGCCCAGGAGGACGCCGCCCGCGCACACGCAUCAGUGGCCGUCAACAGCGAAUGGCAGGCCACUGGCGAUAUGUGUCCGGAACCUCCCCACUCGGUCGACCGACAGCUCCCUCAAGGACGGUCUGUACCACGAGUACAAGAAGCACGGGAAGGUGGUGUGGGUGAAGGUGGUCGGUCAGAAUGCCGACCGGUACGCGGUCGUCCGUUUUAAGAAGCCGUCCGACGUAGAGAAGGCACUCGAAGUGUCUCAAGAUAAGCUUUUUUUUGGUUGCAAGAUCUCAGUGGCACCUCACCAAAGUUGUGACGACGAUGCGGAAUCGGCGAAACCCUAUGAGACUGAUAUUGAUGAAUACCAUCCGAAGGCGACCAGAACGUUGUUUAUCGGUAACCUGGAAAAGGACGUUACACAACAGCAACUUAGGGAUAAAUUUAAGCAUUUCGGGAGAAUAAUCGAGAUCGAUAUCAAGAAGGGUAGCGGCGGGGGCGCCGGCUAUGCUUUCUGUCAAUACGCGUCCAUAUCGAGCGUCGUGGAGGCGAUACGAGCCAUGGACGGAGAGUACGUCGGCAACUCACGAGUCAAGCUCGGCUUUGGGAAACCGGUCGCCACCACCUGCGUGUGGGUCGACGGACUCACCGAACACACGGAGAAACAGGUGCUGGGCGCGGUGUCUCGCUGCGGCGCGGCCACGUCCGUGUGUGUGGACCGCGCGGCGGGUGCGGCGCUCGUCCACUUCGAGCAGGCGGCGGCGGCGGGCGGCGCCGUGCGGGAACUCCGCCGCGUCGCCGCACAACUCUCCGCCGCCGAGCCCGACCACCCCAGGCUCUGUGUAGACUAUGCAUCCAGGGAGUGCCAGGAAGCGUUUUACGAGCAAUUGGAAAAACAUGGCGGUUCUGCUGCCCUCGCCGGAGCUGAACGGGUCGCGGGCGAGCUGCCCGGCCGGUAUGUGGCGCCGCGACAUGAGACGCUUCGUUACGAGGCCGCUGGGACGAAUCGUUCGAGAGCGCCGAGUUUCAGUCGCGCCUCUUCACGGACUCCGAGAUAUAAUACAAACGAUCAUUACGAUCCUGCGGAAUAUGCGGCCGAUCGUAGAUACAGGGUAUUUGAUGAUUUAGGAUCUAGUCCACAAACAGAUGAUGCAAACUAUGAAGAACGUUUGCAGUCAGUAGUGGUAUCUCCUCACCGUGGGCAUAAACAUCGGAGGGACUCCAGUCCAGAAGGAAGAAAACAUUCAAAGGAGCGGCACCGUAGCGCUGGCGGCGGAUCUCGUCGGUCCCGAUCGGGGUCCCGCGGUCACUCGUCCCGGCGGAGGCAUCGCAGACGACGCGAUGGAUCCGAGUCGAGGGGCUCUCGAGCGUCCCGAGCUGGUACUCCCUUGAGAGACGAGCUAGACGCGCCUCCCACGGAGCCGCGCCGCCCACCGCGGGAGCGACCACCGCUCCCUAUGAGUCUCCCUCUGCCGAAGUUUGCCGUGCAGUUGUUACGAGCCGCGCCACCGCAGCCGCGCCUCCUGCCACCGGCCCCCGCCUCGCCGCCGCGCCCGCCCUCCGCGUCUUCCUCUAGCGGAGGCUCGGCGCCUCACUCGCCCUCGCUGGAGGAGCGUAUACGGUCUCUUGACGAAAAGUAUGAGAGGUGGACGGGAUCGCGAGCACACAUCGACGCUCCUGAUAGAUCCCGCCUUCGACAUCGUUUACUGGAAUUGGAUAUCAAUGAAGUGAAGCCCUCGGAUGUAGUGCGCUCCCUCCUGGCUAAGCGCUCUGUGUUCGAUGAGGAUUCUGAGCGGUUGGAGGGGGCUACCCGCGCACCGAGCCCGGGAGGUAGCCCGCGUUCUUUACCGGUUUCAACGUCUCGUGUCCUACGAUAUCCUUUUCCUGUUCACGGCGUGCAUACUUCAGCUGUCAAUACGCCAUCAACGAAUCCAGCGGGUCUCACUCAACCACCGGAACCAGAAGAUUAUGAUAGAAUGAGACUAUUAAAUAUGGAUAAAAUAACCAAGCAUGUAGACAUCGAAAACGGUCAAGAGAUAAGAAUGCGAUUGCGCACUCCUUCGACGGACAGGCCAAUGUUGGAUAAUUUUGAAAAGAAGCAUUCUCCGACAAGUGAAAAAUCCGAAAGUCGUUCGCUGCCAGAAACAGAAACACAAGAAAAUAAAAGAAGAAAUUCUUUCAUAUCAAACGUUGAGGACAGUAAGAAUGCAACAAUAACGGACAAAGCUACCUUGGAAAGAAUAAAUCUGGAAAAAUCCAUUGAAAAAAGUAUUUUGGAAAUCCAAGAAAAAUAUAAUAUUAGAGACAAUAAAAUUAUUUGUGAAGAUAAGAUCACGACCUCUGUUGUAACAUCUAUUAAGAAGGAGGAAAUCAUUGAAGAGAAAGUUAAAGCCAGUGAUUUCUUUAAUAAAUUCGAAAGAAAAUGUUUCAGAGAAGAUACCAAAUCACGAUGUUUAGAAACAAAAAGUGAAUUAAAACAAGAGUUGAGCAUGGAUAUAAACAAAAGUGAUAAAUAUCUGUUAACAAACGAUUAUUCUUCUAAGACUGAAGUGAUGCUCAUGGAAAUGAAACAAAAGUUAGAUCACGAUAAAAAAAGCGAAUUUAAUUGUCAACCCAAGCAAAAUGAAAGGUUUAAAGAUAAAUAUCAUAACGCCACUAAUAAGAAUGUUACCAAUUUUAGAGUGCAAUCAGAGAGUCAUUUUCAUUCAUUAAAUAGUAUUGAUUUACCUAAAAAUAAAAUGGAACCGGUAGAAGAGUCAGGUCAUACUGAAAAAAGUAACAAGGAGAUGCUUUUAAAAACUAUAACUUGUGCAAAAGAUAAUGUUCUUUUAAAACAAAUUGAUGAGAUACAUCACGUAAAAUGUGAUAAAACUAAUAAUGUUCAUGCAUUAACUCCUUCUAUACCACACGAAGAAAAGGCUACUAGUAAGGUUCAGGAGGACUGUACUAAAAUUGAAAAAGAUAAAUUAAGACAUAUUCGUGACAAAAUAGACAAAGAAAUAGAAAGAGAUAAAUCAAAAAUGAAGCAAACUACUUCUAAAUUUGAUAAACAUGAUAAGGAACGCAAACUUAAAGAUGAUUCUGUUAGUACAAAAAUACAUACAGAAAAAUCUGAUAGAACUAGAAACGAGAAAGAAGGAGACAAAAUCUUAGAUAAAGACCGCGAUUUUGAAAGAUCUAAAGUAAUUGAAGACAAAACAUCUCGUCAUGACAAUCACAAAAGAGAUAAACAAGAAAGGGACAGGAAAAAAGAUAUCCCAGAAAAUGAAGGUAUGGCUAAGGCUUCAAAAAAGGAAGACAAGCAUAAAAAUGAUAGACCGAAAAAGGAUAGUGAUAAUAAGCGUGAUAAUAAACGGGAAGGAGACUCGUCGAAAAGUAGAAAAAGUUCCAGAGACGAAUCUAUUCGAGAUAUUUGUCGUAAAGAUUCGACAGACUCUACAACAUCAAGAGCGUCCCACGAUUCUUCAAAAUCAAGAGAAUCUGAAAACAUUGAGCUAAAGGACGACACGAAAAGUAGAAUUAAGAGUCUCUCGGAUGCAGUGAAUAAAGCGGACACAACGGAAAAAGAUUCGACAACAAAACAUCACGACCACCUCAAACUGGACAGUAAAACAAAAGUUAAAAGUGAAAUUAAAGAUGAAAAAGAUCCAUCUGAGCAACAUUUUAGGAAUAAAAUAGAAAGCUAUGUUGAUAACAAGAAAAUUAAAACGGAAAAUUCUGAAAAGUCGAGGCAUUACUCCCUAGAUUCACCUAGCGUUGACAUUAAAAGAAAAGAGCGUUUAAACUCGUGUUCAAGUUUGCCGUCUAAUAUAGGCCAUAAGCGAAGAAUGUCUUCACAAGACAGUAUAGAUUGUCUCAAUGAGGAAAUAAAGAAAGGUAAAAGUGAACGUCGCGAAUCUAAAGACUGUAAAUCUGUUGAAAGACAUAAAACCACAAAGUUUAGUAAGGGACAUUUCGCUAAAAUAAUUGAGAGUAAAACUAAAGACGAUAAGAAAAAUCAAGUCAAACCACCUGAUACAAUUUUUACCAAUCCUAAAUGCUUAGACACAAAAGAAAUCGGUAACGAUAAACAAAAAACAUCCAGAAAAAGUCCGAUUGAAAGUAUUGAAAGCAAGGCAAUAUCUACCCCCACAAACAUUUCAUCCGAGCCUUUGCAUAAUAAUUUUGAUUUUCUGGCUACCUUAGAACUUCGGUCUAGCGAAGAGGAUGAGAAACAAAAAGCUUUAAGGAAAGAGAUGAAAGAGAAAAAACGAAUACAACAACUACAACAAAUUCAAGAACUUCAGAUGCAGCAAGAUGCCUUACAGCAAGCAGAGAUAGGCAACAAAAUAAAAGAUGAUAGAAAAAUAAAAUCUGAUGACAAGAAAAAAGAUAUUUCAAGAGAAAAACGGAUGUCUACUGAAAGAAAAAGCAAAGAUGAAAAAACUGAUAACAUUAAGCGACGCAAUAGAAAACAAUUACAUAGCACUGAUACCUCGGAUUCAGAUGAACCCAAAAAGCAUUCUAUAUUUGAUAUAGUUGAUGAUGAGUAUAACAUAUCCAUGUAUGAUAAAGUGAAAGCUAGAUCAUGUAAAAAUAUGCAAAAACAGGAAGAAGAAAAGAGACAGGAAAAAAUUAAAGCCAAGUUUAGUCAAUUGAAACAAAGUAGGGCUAAACGUGAGGAAAAGAAAAGAUCAAGUUGGGAUGAAGACAGUGAUUCUGAUAGCGAAAGACGUAAAUCUCGUAAAAUAUCAAUAGACAGCUCAUCAGAUGAAGAUCACAUUACAAUACACAGUAAAAAGCGUGAGAAAUCACAAGGAUCGAGUCUUGAAUAUGACCGUAAUAGAACUAAUGAUUAUUUCGACACAAUAAGCAAUGAAGAAGAUUCCUCUAAUAAAUUAUCGCGUAAAAAUUCAAGAACACGGAUUAUGUCUGAUUCAUCUGACGAGGAGAACAGUCGGAGGAAAGCUAGUAAAAGUCCAUGUUUUAUCGAUAGAAUUAAGAAAGAAGUUUUUUCAGAUUCUGAAUCUUCUACGAAAUGCAAAGACAUUGAUGCUGAUUUACAGCUAAAACAACCCUGCGAAGACAAAGUUAAGAAAACAUCGCUUUUAAAUUUGUUCGGUAAAAGCGAUAGCGAAGAUAAUAGACUUAAGUCAACAUUUGAAAAUGAUAAUGAUUAUAGAAUGUCAUUCACAAAAACUUUCCCUAAUGACUUGUCUUCAGAAAAUGAGUCAAUACCGAAUAGAAUAUCUUCUGAAUUACGCAGAAAACAUAAGAAAAAACAAAAGAGAUAUAAGUUUACAUAUUCGGACGAGGAAAACAAAAGUAAUCAUGACGGUUCUACAGAAAUUAGAAGCAAACAUAAGAAUUCUGAUAAAAGUCGCCGACACAGUAAUAAAAAAGAAAAAAGAAGAGAUAAGAUACGUGAUAGCAUUGAUACUGACGAACCAAAGGAAGAAAAAGAUAAAAUAAAAAUUGAGAAGUCCUCUCCCAGCCAUUCCUUUGACACCGUGUUGGAGGCAAUGUCAAAUAAUAACAAAAAGGAAGGCAAAAUGGAAGACAUAUUUGGUCCUUUGUCAGAUGAAUCUGAUAGAGAGGUCAAGACUAUUGGCAAUAAAGUUGAUGUUUUACCACCAGAAUUGGAGACAUCGAUAUGUAGUGGAGCUGAUAAAUUAAGUAGUGAUGAAAUGAAGAUGAGAGACAAGGACGAAAUUAAAAGGCGAAAAGAAAAGAGACGGAAAGAAAAGAGACAUUUCGUUAAAGAAGAUGAUAACAGCUUGGAUGUAGAUGCCGUAAGUAAAGCUAUUGAAGCUAGAUUAUUCGAAGAGUCAAAUGUUGACAACAACCAUUCUAGAUCGGAAAAAACAGAAGCUAAAGUCAAUUCUGAAAGUGAUUUGAAAUAUAUGAGUAUCAAUUAUAAAGGAGACUUAAAUAAAUACAAUGAAAAGUCCAAAAAAGAAUCUCGAGAGAGAAAAAAGAAAAAGAAGAGAAAUAGAGAAGAAAGACAAAGUCGCAAAGAACAUCAUCAUGAGAAGUUACAUAAAAUGGAUUCAUUUUUAGAUAAUCACAUGGAACAAUUAUCACCAAAAACAUUACUCGAUAUACCAUUACCUACCGAUAUCCCUAAAGUUGAAAUAAUGGAUAAGUCGGAUGACAGUAAAUCUUUAUCUGAAUCUCCGAGUUUACCGAGAAUAACAGAUAGUCCUACCUUCGUUUUAAAUACAGAUGAUACUAACAACACUACAAAUGAGUAUGAUACUCCUAAAAGUCUCGUCGUUGACGAUGAAGUCGAGAUUGACUACGAAAUGACAAGAAACAUUGAAGUGACAGACAUACCUAUGCCUCCUCCUAUAGACAACAUUGUUCAAGACAUCAGCGAAGUGCCCCUACCGAAAGAUCCUCCAAUUGAUCAAGUGUUAGAAAUAUCAUUACCUGAUAGUGAGGAUUCUAAUGUUAACACAGAUGUUAAAGAAAAUGAAGUGGCGGUUAAAAGUAUAUCGAAUUUAGAACCAGAAAUUGAAAAACCUGUUGUGCAAAGUGACAAAAAUUUAAGUGACUGUAAAUUAGACAAAAAAUUAGAAGAAAAACCUCGGGCUAUAAUUUCACAAGAGGAAACUGAAGAUGCUGUGGCGGCUUUACUUGGUGAAAGUUUUGGAGGUAAAGUAAAUACUUUUGAUUGUUAUGAAGAAGUAGAAUGCAACACGUCCAAUGAAAUGGAGAUAGAAAGUACGACGAUUGAAAGUGAACUUAUCCCUGAAGAAGAUGCAGAAGAAAUGAGGCAGGCUGUUCAAAAUCUAAAUGCCAGUGAAAUGGAAAUGAAACCUGAUACUCCAGUGUCUGAUGAUAAUCUAUUGUUGAUUGACACGGAUACCGAGGAAACAGAAGAUACUACUCAGGAUACUAUAGACAGAUUACCGGUUAACAUCAUAGCAACAAACCAAGCCCUUAAUAAUAACACCAAAAUAACUGUUGCUCAAUCUACCGAAGUUAGUAGUAUCGUAAUCUCAAAGCCAAAACCAACAAUGGCAAAUUCUGUACAGAAAGAAAUUAACGAAUCGAUUAAUAAUGUGAAGGAGGAACAAGUUAAACCUACUGUUAAAAAACAAGAAACUGUGGAACAAAUUACAUCGACAGCGACUCCAGUCAUUACAUCUUGGACGUUGUCAAAUAAUAAGUUAAUAGAAUCUCAAGUAGUCAAUGCACCUGUUAGUUCUGCUGGCAGCCGAGAAAUUCCUGAAAAUACCCAGACACAUAUAAAAACAAAUAUUGUACAGAUUAAAACAUCGCAUAGUCCCAAAGUUCAGAUAAAUAACACUUUGAGGCCUAUUAUAACUUCAAACAGGGUUAGUACAGCUCCUUACCAAGUGAUAAAUCAAAUGAUUAGACCUCAAGUAUCUAAUAUUCAACCUCCAACAAUCAAAAUUCCUGAACCUCAUAUUAUUUAUCAAAAGCCAACCAACAUUGUUAUAUCACCAAGGAUAAAUAGUGAACCUUUAAUUUUGAGUCCGAAAUCUAGUGUGCAAACAGAAGGUAUGACUUCACCACGUCUACCUAAUAUGGCUUUAUUGAGUACAUCACCUCAAAAUGUUGUUGGAUCACCAAACGCAGCGCAGCAACGGGCGCAGGGUCAACAAGUAACUGUGGUUCGAAUGCAACAGUCACCACUAAGUCCUAUACACGGUAUGCAUAUUCCACAUGCGAGGGCUAUGGUGUCGCCAAACAGACCUAAUUCUGUGUUAGUUCAAACUCAGGGAACUCCGAUACACUUUAAUCGAUUACCUGUAACACCAGUUCUUGCUCCCAUUUCUAAGCAAAUAAAUGCUAACAUCAUUCAGUCAACCAAAGGAAGCGGAUCUUACGAUUCUGUGCUAAUUCAACAGCAGAAAAUCUGUCAAACAAUACCAAGUGACAGGGGAAAACAGGAGACUCCACCAGAUGCUUCUAAAAUUAUUUUGUCACCUAAUAGAUUGCAAAGCUCGGUCCCAACUGUAAUGACUCAAAAUCGUCUCAUACCUGUGCAAAAUUCAAUUCAUGUGAGUAAUAUAAAUUCCGGCUUGAAUUUACCAAACAAAGUCUUAAUAAAUAAUAAAAGCCCAUUUAGUGACAAAAGAGAAACUCACAUAAGCAAAUCUGAAAAUAUCGUCGCCGCUACUUCUUCGCCGAUUAUACAUUUAUCGGGACCUACUCAUUCAUCUUCUAAUAUAAUUCAAGCAAAUACAAAAUCAGUAAUGUGCAAUCUUCAAGAAGUAACUACCGUGAGCAGAGGACAUGGUUCAAAUGUAAUUCACUCCAUAAAUACACAAAGACAUGUAUCCUCGAGUCCUAUAACAAGUGUUAUCCAGCUAGAACCUGCAAAAGGCCCUCCUUCUGUUUUAUCAAUGGCGGCUGUUCGAACAUCGUCGCCGGGAGUUAAACCAGAGUUGUCGACAACAGUUGUUGUUACAACAUCCAGCCUCGCCAAUGUGGUGAUGACUCCAUUGCUUUUGAAAACUAGUCCUAGUCCAAAACCAACUUUAAGGCUACAUACCAGAAGUGAAAGUGAGCAGGUUGAUGCCCAUUGCAAUAACGAAAUGCAAACCAGCGAAGAUAGAAUGGAAACAUCUCAUAAAGAACUUGAACAACCAAAUAAUAUACAACAAUCUUCACCUAUCACCCAUCUGUCACCCAUAGAUCGUGUUGGUAAAUGUGAAACUGAUUUCGAAGAGCUCUUAAAGGAUAACAUAAAUGAAAUUAAAAUAACAAAUGACCAUCAUAAAAAGAUAGACAUUAAUAUUAAUAAAAAUGUUGCAAUUAUUGGUCAAGUACAAAAUAGAAGAAACAGCAUUGAUAAUGAUGUAUCUUUAAUGAAACAUGAAGUAGAAAAUUUUAUAAAAAACGAAGCAGACAACGAAAACACUUUUAAAAAAUCUGAAUCCGUAGAUAUGUCUUCAGUAAAGAAAUGCGAAAAUGAUUUAUCAACAAAAAUUAAACCUGAUAAUAACAUGCUAUGUAUAACAGAGAAAAUUCCUCAAACAAACGAGGGUGACUUAUCGAAACCAGUUGAAAGUAACACAGCUAUCGUAAAAGAAAACAAUGCUCCCGUAAUCCCAACUAGUCACGAUAUAAAAGACUCUAUAAGACCUGAACCUGCUGCUAACAAAAAUGAUUUCUAUAACCCACUUUGUAUUCAAACGCAAGCACCUAUAAAUGAUAUUAAAAGUCUAGAUGAAAGUGAAUACUGGUCAGGUAAAGAUAUAAUUAAUAUAGAAUCAGUUAUUAAGAAAGUUGAUUCGUUAUGUAGUGACAAUGUCGAAGAAAAGAAAAUAGAAGAAAAUACAACUAUACAGCCUUUAGUAAUUGAAAUGAAAAAGUCCGUCGAAAGAAAUGUUCAAAAUGAGAUUUUUAUUGAAGAAAGUGAGGCUGCUAAAACUGAAAAACCUAAUGACAAUAAAGUUGUCGAAAACGCAAUAGAUCCUUUUCAAGAUAAUAGUUUGAUGGAAGAUUAUGUUACAGAAAAAAUCAGUACGGGUAAAAGAGGGGGCCGUAGUGGUAGGGGUAAGAAAUCGGACAGAAAUCCGGAUAAGGUACAUACUCGUCAAAUAGCAAAAACUCCUAGAGGUACCUCGAAACGUGGUAGAGGUCGAGGGAAGGUAGACAAAAAAAUUAAAAAACAUGAUAAAUACCAAUGCUAA